CCUCCGUGCUGCCCCACAGACAGCAGACAAGAAGCACACCCACCGCAGCGCAGCGCAUCGCGCGAGCCCAGCUGUCGGUAACGGAGAAGAUGGCAGAGCGGCAGCAACAGAAACACGAAGGCAGGGUAAAGAUCGGCCAUUACAUCCUCGGCGACACGCUCGGAGUGGGGACGUUCGGGAAAGUAAAGAUCGGACAACAUCAAUUAACGGGCCACAAAGUCGCCGUGAAGAUCCUCAACAGACAGAAGAUCCGCAGUCUCGAUGUGGUGGGGAAAAUCAAGCGGGAGAUCCAGAACCUCAAACUGUUCAGACACCCGCACAUCAUCAAGCUCUACCAGGUAAUAAGUACACCAACAGAUUUCUUCAUGGUCAUGGAGUAUGUGUCUGGAGGCGAGCUGUUUGACUACAUCUGCAAAAACGGAAGGGUGGAGGAUUCAGAAGCUUGCCGUCUUUUCCAGCAGAUCAUCUCAGCUGUGGACUACUGUCACAGGCACAUGGUGGUCCACAGAGACCUCAAACCCGAGAACGUCCUGCUCGACGCCAACAAAAACGCCAAGAUUGCCGACUUUGGACUUUCAAACAUGAUGUCAGACGGAGAGUUCUUACGAACGAGCUGUGGGUCGCCCAACUAUGCAGCUCCAGAGGUCAUCUCAGGAAGGCUGUACGCAGGCCCAGAGGUGGACAUCUGGAGCUGCGGAGUGAUCCUGUACGCCCUGCUGUGUGGCACUCUGCCCUUUGACGACGAGCACGUCCCCACGCUGUUCAAGAAGAUCAGAGGAGGCGUCUUCUACAUCCCCGAGCACCUGAACCGCUCCGUGGCGUCGCUGCUCAUGCUCAUGCUGCAGGUGGAUCCACUUAAGAGAGCCACCAUCAAAGACAUCAGGGAACACGAGUGGUUUAAGAAGGACCUGCCGGGCUACCUGUUCCCAGAGGACCCAUCGUACGAUGCCACCGUGCUGGACGAAGAGGCGGUCAGGGAAGUGUGCGAGAAGUUUGAAUGCACCGAGUCUGAAGUGGUCUCCAGUCUCUACAGCGGCGAUCCACAGGAUCAGUUAGCAGUAGCUUAUCACCUCAUCAUAGACAACCGACGCAUCAUGACCCAGGCCAGCGAGUUCUACCUGGCCUCCAGUCCUCCGCAGGGCUCCUUCAUAGAAGAAGGCAUGCUGCUGCCCCCCGGCGUCAAACCCCACCCAGAGAGGAUGCCCCCGCUUCUGGCCGACAGCCCCAAAUCCCGUUGUCCUCUGGAUGCCCUGAACACAACCCGGCCCAAACCGCUCGCUGUGAAGAAAGCCAAAUGGCACCUGGGGAUCAGGAGUCAGAGCAGACCGUAUGACAUCAUGGCUGAGGUGUACAGAGCCAUGAAACAACUCAACUUUGACUGGAAGGUGGUGAACCCGUAUCAUCUUCGUGUCCGCCGGAAGAAUCCAGUAACGGGAAAUCUGGUGAAAAUGAGCCUGCAGCUCUACCAAGUUGACAACAGAUCCUACCUCCUCGACUUCAAGAGCAUCGAUGACGACAUCAUGGAGGCGGUCGGCUUUAAAUCUGGGUCGUCCACCCCUCAGCGGUCGGGCUCCACCGCCGGCCUCCACAGACCCCGACUGAGCAUCGACUCGGCCAGCCCCGCCAUCGACCUGCCCCAGCUCAGCUCCUCCCUGCCGGGCUCGCUGUCCGGCAGCUCCCCACUGCUCGCCGCGCGUCAGGGCUCUCACACCAUGGACUUCUUCGAAAUGUGCGCCAGUCUCAUCACCACGCUGGCUCGCUGAGAACCUGCUAAAUCCCAAACUGCCUUGUUAACCCGGAAGUCGGUGGGGGUGUUUUAGAGCUAAUAGCUGCAAAGUCCGAGAUGUAUCAAAGAACUUAUGGAAGCCAGAGAAAAAAAAUCUAAAUAAGGGAGAGGUCAGAAUCACAUCAGAGUCGGCAAAGGUCUAGUUUACCGUCACAAAUCCCCUCAGUCCUUUAUCAGCUGCGUCAACAUGUAACGACCGGACAUCCUGCUGAGUUGGCCUCAGACGCUGAUCCGAGGUCAGUUCUGCCGCUUGUCUUACCGAUCGCUAUUACAGCUGUGUCUGGAGGAACAUUACUUCAUAGAUUUCAAGUUUUAUAAUGCAAGAAGCGUUUUGUUAUUAAUGUAUAUUUAUAUUUUAUUGUAGAUCGAAGUAUAUACCAAAAAGAAUAUUAUUUAGAUAUCAAAUUCAUAUUUAUUUUUAGAUUUUCUUUUUUUAAACACUAGUUUUAUUCGAAACAUCUCCACUGAACGAAUUGUUGAAUAAUUUAACAAAGCACGGCAGACAGUUGGAUGCUACAUUGAUUUUUCUGCUUGAAACUGCCCCGCGCCGCACAUACUCGUACACACACACGCCCACGCCAUCUGACCGCGUCACACACCCGUGUCAUUUCACCCGACGCUCGGCACACUCAAAGGCUCUGAUAAAGCAAGCUGCCGCUCUGCUUGUCGGCGGCGCUUGAACAGAAUUUCAUUUUAGAAAAACACGGAGGCCUGCGACACCAGGAAGUUGGCGCUGAGCUGAAUAACAACAGAUGUGGCUCUGGAACGGUUCAGGGUUACAAACAUCUUUGCGCUAACUUUUCAAGCCGUGACUAAAACACUUGAAUCGGAGUGAGGCGGUCAAUCUGGAGAUCAGCAACUCUGUGUGUGUGUGUGUGUGUGUGUGUGUGUGUGUGUCAUGUGAGAUGGUGUCUUACUGCCGCAGGAGAACAGAAGCCACAGAAAACUGCCCACAGAUGCCUUAAAAGAAUGCAACGCAAUGUUUAUGUGAAAGUCUGAUGUGUGCCGAAGGCCAGAGGGAGAGUUCGUCAUGUGUUUUACAUUUAAAGCCUGGAAGGUCAGAGAUGCUGGAGUCAAAACAAUUCAACCUUGAUGUUGUUGUGUACUGUUGCCAUCUGAGCUGCUGUCUGCCCCGUUUGGUUCAUCUUUGCUGUCCCGUCUGCACUUUCACUCUUGUCACUGGGCUCAGCAGUUCACUGCUCCACUCUCCAGGAGCGCUCACAGAUGUUACUGAAUGGAUUCUUUCAGAUUUGCGAUUCUCAGUACCGUCGGAGUGGUGGAGCUGUAAUUAGUUUGAAAGGUGCUUCUUUAAAUGAAGCUUUAACCACCUUUUUAAUCACCUGAGGCUGUUUUAAAUUUCAGUGCGAUGAUCUCAGACUUCAAAACAUUGUGCAUCCCAGGAGAAACACUACACCUUAAAAAGAAAAUAUUGGCACACAACGGUGAAUCUUUACAGUCUAAUGUAACUAAGCAGAAUUAUUUGAUCAGUCUACAGUAAGCCUAUUUUAACCUUUUAACUGGAAAAACAUCCAAACCAGUAAGGGUUUCCCCUAUCUCAAUCAUAAGCUAUGAGAUUCCAACUCCAUCAUCAUUAGCUACAUGCACAAACGCUGGAGAAAAAUCAUCCAGGCUGCAACUCAUUGGCCAUUUUUUCCCCCUUUCUUGUGCGUCCACACCACACUCCUAGCCUGCCACCCUGGGUGGCGAGCAACGUCCCCUGUCGCUAAAUCUACCAGUGCUGGAACAACUGUGACAUGUUACCUCAAAACACUCGUCUACAUGAUGUUGAAGGGUUUGAGUCUGGACCGCAGGACUGGGUCUAAAGUCCGUCCAGUUUGAAAGGGAACGAAGACUUUCUGCAGCAUUUUCUUUGAAACAGUGCGAGCUGUACUUUUUAAUCCACUCCUGAAACCCUUUAUUACUUGCACACCUGCUACAUACAUGCAGCUGUAUAACCCAGACUCUCCUCAUAACACAGAUUCUGUCUAUAAAUAUGCAUUGGCC